AGCCCGUUAGCUCUUCGUUUCAGCUCAAUAUUGUCUCUGUUGCAGCCUUUGCUUUUCGAGAGCAUGGCGUACCAGUUGUACAGGAACACGACGUUGGGGAACAGCCUGCAGGAGAGCCUGGACGAGCUCAUUCAAACGCAGCAGAUCACGCCUCAGUUGGCUCUGCAGGUUCUUCUUCAGUUUGACAAAGCCAUCAACACGGCGCUUGCCAACCGCGUUCGCAACCGCGUCAACUUCAAGGGUCCGCUGAACACUUAUCGCUUUUGUGAUAACGUGUGGACGUUUGUGUUGAACGACGUGGAGUUCCGAGAGGUCACAGACCUUGUCAAGGUCGACAAGGUCAAGAUUGUGGCGUGUGAUGGAAAGAAUUCUGGCUCCAAUGCUGCCGAGUGAGCACACCCAUUGCCGUGACACUCGGGUGUACAUAUGCGUAUAAUUUUUGUGGACGUGCGUGCGUGCGUGCGUGUGUGUGUGUGUACGCACGCGCAUACCAACCUGCAGCAUUUUAUUUUAUUAUUAUUUUUUUUUACCUUGUUGAAGCUUAAAUAAAAUGGGCACAAUCCA